AUGCCUAAGAUUACAUUCAAUAGUUUCUACGAGGGAGCUAGUAGUCGCGAGGACGCCUACAAUGAUCUCCAGGCUAUAUACGAGGGCGUGGAAUUCGGAAUUAAGGCUUUUGAGAAGAUGACCCCGCUUGAUGGGAAUAUCACGCGCGUGUGGCCGCCUGAGGAGGUCAGCUCCGAGGAGGAUCUGAAGCAGUGGAUCCAGGAUGAAGCCUGGGGGCAUCACGCGAGUUGCUCGUGUCAGAUUGGGGCUGAUGAUGAUCCCAUGGCGGUGCUGGAUGGACAGUUCCGAGUUCGAGGGGUGGACGGGUUGAGGGUAGUAGAUGCUUCGGUUUUCCCUAAGCUGCCCGGCACCUUCCCGGCGUUGCCGCUAUAUAUGGUUUCUGAGAAGGCGGCGGAUGAUAAUCUGCAUGAUAUAAAGUAA